AGAUAUUCGUGGCGUCAAAAUGGAUAGACUGACGAGGAAUGGCAUCAGCAUUAAAGAGACAGAUCUGUUGGCCAACACCACUGGCAUCAAGUCAUACGUCGGACAAAUUGAUUAUAGUCUGAGCGCCAAUCUAUUGAUGUGGAGAGUGAUUGAACCGGAAAAUGCAUUAUAUGUUAUGCCUAUUCAGCACAGUGCUGAGAAUGUGUUGGGAAUCAAGAGGAAGAGCCUGUUGUUGAGGCUGAAUAAGUCGGCGUCAAUCCGGCUGUCAAUCGAUUGGAUCCAUAAUCUGGUCUUUUAUAAUAUUGAAGACAAGAUCAUUGCGUUUAAUUUGACUCAACCAUUGUAUGGCUAUAUUGUGAUCAACGAAAUGAUCUUCAAUACGAUCCUCGAUUUGGCGGUCAAUCCCAUGGAUUCGCUGCUCUUUUGGAGCGUAUCUGACAAUAGUAUUAACAGAAGGGGAAGAAUAAUGAGGGCAUCGGAGGACGGAUCCAAUCAGACGGUUCUCAUAGACACCGACCUGAGAGAGCCCAUCGCUUUGGCCGUCGAUCUGGAGCUGAAGAGACUGUAUUGGAUCGAUAGACUGCUCUUUCAGUUUUAUUCCGUCGAUUUCAAUGGCAAUGAUAUGAAGAGUAUUUUAAAAUCGCACCAAUUAUUCAAAUUGUCUUAUUAUAUGACAAUAUUUGGUGAUGACAUCUAUUGGUCCAACUAUUUUCACAGCGCUAUCCUUAAGACCAAUAAGUUUGGUCUCAACGGAACUCAAAUCAAUUAUCUCAUCAAAACAGAGUCCGGCGCUGACAUCGAGUCCAUUGCGAUCAUUGAUCCCUCUCUUCAGCCCUUUUCCACAAACAGAUGCUUUCAAUCCAAAUGUUCACAUCUCUGUCUACCUAUCAAUCAAAGACAAUACCAUUGCGUUUGUCCACAGAUUAACUUCAAUACUCGUCUCUAUCCUAAUAUCAAUUGUAUAGAAUCUAUUCACACAAUUAGCGAAAGAUCAGAGUCUGAAUUGUAUUACAAUCUUAACGGCAAUUACAUUAUAUACGAAAUGAUUGGCUCUUAUUAUAUCAGACCGUAUGAGAAGCACAGGCCCAACGUCUACGGCCUGACCACUGAUCACAAACUGCCCAACACUUUACGGGCCAACUCGAAGAUAUGCAUCGAUUGGAUCCAUGACUUGUUCUAUUGGAUCAAAGACAAGAAGCAGAUCGUGGUGUCUGACUUCGAUGGACUCAAUCAUCCCAUCACUUUCGCCAACAAGAUAUAUGAAUCCAUAACAACGAUGGCAGUGAAUCCCAUCGAUUCACUCGUCUUGUGGAUUGAGUUUGACAUCCAAUACAACGAAUAUCUUCUGCAGAGGACAUCUCAAGACGGAUCCAACAUUACACAGAUCUACACGUUUAAGACACACAUCAAGUGUCUUGAGUUUGACUAUCCAUACAAACGUAUCUACUAUUUGACAGCAUUUGAGUUGUGCUCAAUUGAAUACGACGGCACCGAUAUUCAAUUGUGCUCAAUUGAAUACGACGGCACCGGUAGGCGAGUGCUCGUCGCGGACGCGGAUUCAAUGUUUCAAAUGCAAGUCUUCAACCAAAACGUCUAUUGGAUUGAGUACUCAAGCGAUCAGAUAUUCAGAAGUAAUUUAUCGCAGCCGUCGGCCGCUCACCAAAUGGUAACGUUUAACACAAUAAUUAAUAGGUUUAAUAUUGUGGACAAUUUGCGUCAACCCGGCGACGGCUUCAACCGAUGCCUUCGCGCCAAUUGCUCUGACUUGUGUCUGCCCGUCGACGCCGACCACUACCGCUGUGUCUGUCGGCAAACAAAUUGUACGGACAAUCAGAACAAACAAUGGGCUCACGAGGUAUACGUUGACCACACGCUGACCACAACUACCACCACAACAGAGUCCUCA